UCUGUUUAUCCGUCAGUCCGUCCGUCCGUCAGUCCGUCUGCUGGUGAGUCUAUUCGUCCCGCGAUGGUGAUGAGAACAAUGAUUGGAGCCUGGUAUCAUUGCCACUCCGCCUUAAAUGCGCUCAUGUGCACAGCCGAAUCAUGAAAGCAUUGUUCCGCAAAGCGGUGAACACUUAACUUGGUGAUCAGCUAUCUACUCCCCUGCAAUGCAAUCGGAGGUGGGCUAUGUCAUUGUGCGCGGGGGGGGGGGGGUGUCAGUGUUCGUGGAUCGAUGCCAUGGCACAGAAGAAUCCCCUUCGGGAGAGAAUUGCUGGGGAAGGGGAAAUAGUAAGUAAGUAAGGCGAGGUGGGGGGAAGGCAGGAAGGAGGAGAUCUAGCGCCGUUUGUCAGCCAUGUCUCUCCCUUUCAUAAACCUCGUCACUAGAGAUUCCUGGGCGAGGCAUCCAUGUUAGUAGGUUGUAGCCUCCUCUACCGUUCGUCCCCGCUCUCGACGUCUUCCUCUCCCUUUCUUUCCUCGGGGUCUGAGCCCAAUUACGCGAGACUAGUCUCGGGCGUAUGAUCUGUCCCCCUUUUCUUUUUCUUCUUCUUAUUUUUCCUUUUACAUGAUACUCUUCCCCUGAGAGGAAGUUGCAGUGGUUGCAUUUCCAGUGAGAGUUGCCUCCAGGUUGUCAGUCAGUCAGUAAGGCACAGUUCGUCAGCAUAGACAGGUCUAGCUUACAGGCGCUACAGUUUUGUUUCACUUUUUAUUUAUUUUUAAUUUUAGUUUUAAUAUUUUUGUUUCCGUCAACUUCUUCUCUGUCUGUCUGUCUGUCUGUCUCUCCCUCUCCCUCCCCCUCCUUCCCCCUCCCUCCCUACUUCCCUCCCCUUCUACUUCCCACCUAGAGUUUGGUCCAUUCAUCAUUAACAUCAUGGCCCUGGCCCUGCUUCCAAGAUCCCCCGCCGCGUUUAUGCUCACCUCUCGUCUUUACUUUUUAUGCGCAAUUGCUGAAUUGAUUGUUUGAUUCUGGGUUUCCAUGUAGCCUGUGAGGAAAUUGUGUGGGCUGAGAUUGGAUGUGUUGUUAGAUAGGGGGGGGAGCGGCGAUCGAGUUGGGCUUGGGGUUGAAGCGUGGAGUGGAGUGCAGAGGGUACGAGUGUCCGGAGGUGCUUGUAGUGGAGUUGACUGGCUGUUUUUAUUUUUAUUUUUAUAUCUUCAUCUUCAUCCUCCUCCUGCUGCGUGGCUGCAGUUGAGGUGAAGGAUUUUUUAAAGUAGAUUGAGGCGGAAGAGAAGGGGAUGACGACGUGGUUUGGCGCCUGUAGGGAGUGGAAGUUUUCAUGCGGGUGUGGGUUGGAAUUUUGCAAGUGGAUCUGAAACAUGGGGAGGAAUGUGUCGAUGAAGUCUUCUCGGUGUAUGUCAUCAGCAUGCGACUUCCAUGAAAUAGUAGCGCCCUUGUUACUAUUCUGUUUGGUGAAAUUGAACGUGUAACGUAUCGGUUACUAUAUAGAUUAGACCGCGUGUGGCAGCAUCAUGGGCGUGUGGGGAAGAGAAAGACUGACUUGGUGUUUUAUAGAGGUGUCUGAGUGAGGCUCUGUAGUUGAAUGAACAACUAGUCGAAGCAACUACGAAGGAGAUCAGUAGUCUCAUUACGUGAAGGAUAUAUUUCGGGUGAACACCAGUGAAAAUGGGCUCUUGGAGUCUUCUUUCCUGUGGAAUGGACAAAUAUUACUCUUAAUUUUUCUUUCUGCAACAUUCUGUUUCUCAAUGCGACAUUGCAGACUGUCAAUUCGUCAUAUGUUAUGAGAGUACUGCAGAGAAGGCUGUUCGUUCGCUUCCUUUAUCCUUUUUUCCCCCCCCCCCCCCCCCCUUCGUAAAUAAUUGAUGCCUGUGAUUAUCGGUUACUCGAUCUGAUUAUUCAGAUUCCGAGGGCUCAGGCGAUACUAGUACAUACAACGCUACUUUGAUCGGAAUGAGUGAAAAUGGGUUGUGGACGGUGACGCUGGUGGCCGGAAAUGAUCUUGUGUGUUCUAGCACACCGUGAUUACCACGCGAGGCGUUUUUUCAGUUAGUAGAUGCCAGGGAGGGGUUUUCCAGACUUGGAACAAACUCGGCCGUUUCAAUUUUCAGCCUUGAGAGCUGUGACUUUCUCAAACCAUUUUGCAAAAAUCAUAGAAUUGCAAAUUUGGUCUUGGUAUUCUCCUCUGACUUCGACCAGACCCAGUACUGUUUUGAGGUUGAACGUGAGACCGAAUUGAGGUUAUGGCUGGGGCACUAUUCCUUGCACACGGUGGCAGAGUGCGGGUGCGGAGUAGCAAAAUCUAAAAGCGGGCGAGAUUGACAAUUUGGAGAGCAAGAGAACAACAAAACAUAAUUAAAUUAAAUUAAUACAUAGAAAUUUGUGAUCUGGGAGAGGGAAAGGCAAAACUAUUUUGAGGAGGAACAAGACUUUGGCUUCGGUCUUUUAGAGUGGAAAUGCUGAAUACCGAAGGGAGCCCGCCGGCCGUUCACUAUCGUUCCGGCGAGGAUAGUGGUGAUGAGGGGCUCGCCGUUCUACCCAGACACACGAAGGUCCUAGUAACGGGCAACAAUCGCACCAAGUCCGUCCUUGUGGGACUUCACGGCGUUGUUACGAAAGCUGUCGGUCUCGGGGGAUGGCACUGGCUGGUUCUCACUAAUGGCGACGAAGUCAAGCUUCAGCGCAACGCGUUGAGUGUGAUUGAGGCCCCUUCUGGUCACGAAGAGCAGAACGACAAUGAAGAAAAUCUAUUUUCUAGUGGAACAAGUCUAGACAAUGUUCCUAGAAAUGCAUUCAAGCCCAGGGUUCAGCCGCGAAAGCCGCCAGUGACGAUUGCACACAGCGCAAGCAUAACAGAGGAGCAUGCAAUGGCAACCAAACAUGCCAAUUUCAACCGCUUAUUCGAGAGAAGGGACGAGGUGGAUGAGGGAUCCAGCCCCAUUUCUGCAGACCUACCGUUGGUGGAUCUUAGUAAGCUGGAAAUUGCUGCCCUGAAGAGGUACCGCAGGCAUUUUAAAUUGGUGGAAGUUGGUCCAAACUCUACCAAGGAGCAGCUUCUUCAUGCUGUCGGCCGACACUUCAUGUCACAGGAGUUGGACGAGGCACAGGUCAUCGCGGCGUUUAUGCACGCUGCGAAGCGUCCCAGGCCAUAAGACAACGAAAUGCAGACAAGGCUCACACAAUUCGAGCUCUUUACCGAUCUCCACGACCUCGGAAAUCAAGAGGCUGGUAGCAAUCGGAUGAGGACGAAGACACAUGAUGAUACACAAGGAGUGGGGAAAAAAUCACAAUUCCUGUUGUCGGAGGAACUUUUCAGACCAGAACCAACUCCACUUGCUUCCUCUUAUAUCUUAAAUCACGAUACUCUCAACUCUCAGCUCACAGCCCAACACACAGUCGUAAGGCUAGAGCCUGAUCUCGAAGUGAUUUCGCACACCAGAGGGUUGAUGGAGUAAUCUAUUCUGGUUACUUCAUUACUUCCACCAUUUGUACAGCACAAGAAGAAAAAGAAGAAGACAACGAAGAAGCUCAAGAAAACCGAUAAGGUGGUAUUAAGCUGGUGACUGAGUAAUGGUGACUAGUUAUUACUCUCUUCAUCCCUAGUGCAAUGUACAGGAUCAUUCGACAAAUUACGGCAAUGUGCUCAUCAGAAGUAUAUCAGCUACUCUACAACAGGAGUGAACGCCGAGUGUACAGGUUAAAGCCCAACUUCAGCCACCAUUGUUCUAGUAUGAGAUCUCACCACCGUGAUGCGCAGGGGUCAUACGCUUAGUGAGGAUGUAGAGGGAGACCUUUGCCCCUUCUUCCUUCAUCGAUGCAAAUAACACGAGCAGCUCUCAUUUUCCACUAGUUUUACGGACUUGAAGCAGUCGAGUGCGAUGUGUGGAAAGUGUAGAGAGAGCAACCUUCUCGUAAUCUCAGUGCAGCCAGCUCUUGCUGUUGCGGCAAAUCGUCAUCAGAAAAUAACAUUCUUUUUGGGUGAGAGAAAUAAAUUUGCAUAAUUUAACAUGUGA